AUGCCCGUGCUAGACGGACUACGAUAUGGCGAGCCACUCGAUGGCAGUCCCAGUCCCUUGGAAGUCCAGCGCCAGAAGAUCGUGGUAGUGGGACUGGGGAUGGUGGCCAUCUCACUCAUCGAGAAAAUUAUCAAACAAGACACAGAACGGAAAUAUGAUAUCGUCGUUGUCGGCGAAGAGUCACACGUAGCUUACAAUCGUGUUGGGCUUUCGUCGUUUUUUGAACAUCGCAAGAUUGAGGAUUUAUACCUCAAUCCGACCGAAUGGUACGGCUCCUUCAAAGAACGGGUUUUCGAUCAUCACCUUAACACACGAGUAACUGCAAUCAACCCCACGGAGAAGACCGUCCAUACAUCUACCGGCGCCAUAAUACCAUAUGAUAUUCUCGUCCUUGCAACUGGCUCUGAUGCCACUCUUCCGACACGAACGCCUGGCUAUGAUGCCAAAGGCGUGUUCGUGUAUCGAACAAUCUCGGACCUGGAACACCUCAUUGACUUUGCUGCUCGGCAUAAAGGCGAGACAGCCGUGACAGUCGGGGGCGGACUAUUAGGACUAGAAGCUGCCAAGGCAAUGACAGAUCUGCAAGAUUUCGGAAAUGUGAAACUGAUCGAUCGGAAUAAAUGGGUGCUGGCGCGACAGCUGGACGGGGAUGCAGGAAUGCUUGUUACUCGCAAGAUCCGGGAGUUGGGACUUGAUGUUCUCCACCAGAAGAGAGUAAAGGUUGUUGAUACUGAUGAGGAAAAUAAUGUGGUUGGGAUCACAUUUGAGGAUGGGGAAAGGAUCGAUUGUUGUUGUAUCUGCUUCGCGAUUGGAGUUCAACCUCGGGAUGAAUUAGGUCGAGACACUGGAAUCCAAUGUGGUGAGCGUGGGGGAUUCGUGAUCGAUGAGAGUCUACAAACCUCAAUCCCAGAUAUCUACGCCGUCGGAGAAUGCGCAAGUUGGGAAAACCAGACAUUCGGAAUCAUUGCGCCGGGCAUUGAGAUGGCCGAUGUGCUCGCUUUCAAUCUGACAAACCCACACAAGCAGCCCAGAAGCUUCACGCGUCCAGAUCUCAGCACAAAGUUAAAACUGCUCGGUGUUGAUGUCGCUAGUUUUGGUGACUUCUUUGCCGACAGGGAUGGACCGAAGUUCCUUCCUGGUCGUCGACCUUCUAUUGCUGCUGGCCAGGAUGGCCGUUCGAGAGAGGAAUCUCCUGUUAAGGCCUUGACAUAUAAAGACCCCUUUGGCGGGGUGUAUAAGAAGUAUUUAUUUACCAUGGAUGGCAAGUUCUUGCUUGGUGGUAUGAUGAUUGGAGAUACCAAGGACUACCUGAAGUUGAGCCAGAUAGUUAAGCUCCAGAAAGAACUUGAGGUUCCUCCGAGUCAAUUCAUCCUUGGGGCUCAGAAUGGCGGGGAGGAAAAUGCAGAUGACCUUGAUGACAGUACCCAGAUUUGUUCCUGCCACAAUGUCACCAAGGGCGAUGUGGUCGCGAAUCUGAAGAACGGCACAUGCAAAUCCAUUGCUGAAGUCAAAUCCUGCACGAAAGCAGGAACAGGAUGUGGUGGUUGCAUGCCUCUUGUGCAGUCAAUUUUCAACAAGACAAUGCUGGAAAUCGGACAGGAAGUGUCGAACAACUUGUGCUCACACAUCCCCUACUCACGAGCCGAUCUAUACAACAUUGUGGCAGUCAGGCAAUUGAAAAGCUUCGUCGAUAUCAUGAAGGCUGUCGGGAAGAACCCAGACUCUCUCGGGUGUGAACUGUGUAAGCCGGCCAUUGGAUCGAUUUUGUCUAGUUUAUUCAACCCCCAUGUCAUGGACAAGGGUAUCAACGACUUGCAAGACACGAAUGAUAAAUUCCUUGCCAACAUUCAAAGAAAUGGCACAUUCUCUGUGGUACCCCGAGUCCCAGGUGGAGAGAUCACGGCCGAUAAACUCAUUGCCAUUGGUUCCGUGGCGAAAAGAUACGGUCUGUAUUGCAAGAUCACUGGUGCUCAGCGUAUCGACAUGUUCGGUGCGAAGAAGCAGGAUCUUUUGAAUAUUUGGACAGAACUUGUGGAUGCGGGUAUGGAGAGUGGACACGCCUAUGCAAAGGCUCUUCGUGCAAUCAAAAGUUGUGUUGGAACCACAUGGUGCCGUUUCGGUGUUGGUGACAGUGUUGGCAUGGCGAUUCGACUGGAAGAGCGAUACAAGAGCAUUCGCGCGCCACACAAGUUCAAGGGAGCAGUAUCUGGCUGUGUGCGAGAAUGUGCCGAGGCGCAAAACAAGGACUUCGGGCUCAUUGCCACCGAGAAGGGCUUCAACAUCUUCGUUGGAGGCAACGGAGGAGCAAAGCCUAGACACUCCGAACUCCUUGUUACAGAUGUGCCACCUGAAAUGGUAAUGCCAAUCAUCGAUCGCUACCUGAUCUUUUACAUCCGGACCGCCGACAAACUCCAACGCACGGCAAGAUGGAUCGAGAAUCUCCCUGGCGGAAUCCACUACCUCAAAGAAGUGAUCGUGGAUGACAAACUCGGGAUUUGCGCCGAUAUGGAAAAGCAAAUGAACGAACUUGUCGAUAGUUAUUUCUGCGAGUGGACUGAGACCGUGAAUGACCCCAAACGUCGAAAGGCCUUCCAGCAAUUUGCAAACACAGAUGAGACCAUUGAAACAGUCGAGGUCAUCCAGGAACGAUCUCAGCAACGGCCCACAUACUGGCCAAAAGACACCACAGAGCGACAGGACUUCAAGGGUCACCAGUGGUCAAGCCUCUCCUGGCAGCCAGUUGUCCGGGCAGAUCAUUUCUCUGAGGAGCCACCGCAGGUCUCAUCGGCGAAUGUCAAGCGCGGCGAUACACAACUUGCCGUUUUCAAGAUCAAGGGCAAGUUCUACGCAACGCAGCAGAUGUGUCCGCACAAGCGAGCCUUUGUUCUUUCUGAUGGGCUUGUUGGCGAUGAUGAUGCUGGGAAAUACUGGGUGUCGUGCCCGUAUCAUAAGCGCAAUUUCGAACUCAACGGUGAGCAGGCAGGACGGUGUUCGAAUGAUCAGACCAUGAACAUCGCUACAUUCCCUGUUGAGGAGAGAGAUGAUGGGUGGGUGUAUAUCAAGCUGCCGCCCAUCGAUGAGUUGGAUUCAUUUUUAGGGACUGAGAAGUGGAAGGUGCGCAAGGGUGAAACGGAAGACCCAUUCCACAAACUUGAUAAAAGGUUCAAAGGAAUGAAAGGCAAGAAGGUGACCGACGGGGUUUUAACCCGGGCGCCAGCGGUGCAGCCAGCGAAGACAAUUGAUUGGUAG